AUGGGAAUUUUAGGAUAUGACGAAAACUGUGAUGCAACAAUGACACAAGAGAUGGCAACAGCUGCGUUUAGGUUUGGUCACACUUUGAUACGUAAUGUGUUUCCACGCAUGAACACUAACUAUGAGGAAGAAACGGAUGGCUUGGAAUUAAAAGCCUCUUUCAAUAACGAAUCGUUCUAUUACCAUCCUGAAAGCGGACAUAUUGAAUCCGUACUUAUGGGUUUGCUUGGCUCGAACAGCGGCAGCUUUUAUGCUGUUCACUUUUCGAUGCAAACGAACGUAAACACCCGGUUGCAGUACUACGAUCAGAAACAUGGAAUUAUAAGUGUGAAAGGAUAA